CACAAACACGAAUUGGGAACCGUUUUCUGACCGACGCAUUUAGGGCUUUCGGCCAAUUGCGAUCGCUUGCCGUCGCUCCUUCUUCCAACUCCGACCCAUCUCUCUCUCUCUCUCUCUCUCUCUCUGCUACAUUUAUCGGAGCUCGUCAUGGCGAUUCCAGGCCCUUACUCCGGAGUCAGCACCCUCGCCUUCGUGGCUCGCACCUCGGCUUUCGCCUUCGGCCUUGUCUAUGGUAGCAUUAAGCUUUCCUAUCUCCGGACUAAAGCAAAGUCUCACAAGAAGGCUGAUGCUAAAGGCCACCACUGAGGACAAGGAUGUGUCCUGCUGUGGUUCCUGUUGAUGGGUGUCCUUGAAUCUUAAUUGGCUUAAAUUUUUGUUAUUGUGAAUCUCUCUGCAAUCUGGUUCAUGGUUUUCUUAGUCACUGAGACCACAAUCAAUGUACCAGAAAAGGGAAUGCCCUUUCGAUUUUUGUCUGCAAUAAUCCAUCUCUAGCUGUGUCGGGUACCAGUCUGGUACUAGUUUUGGUUUGCGUGCUACAUGCUUCUACUUCAUGUUAACAUCUGACGACAGCUCUUCCUGGUGUUCAGAUCAAAUACCUGCACAGGUAAACAUUAUUAAUGUUCUUAUCGUUGAUGCUUGUUUUAGCUAAUUGGAACAUUGUGCUUCCAUCCAUACUGUUGAUGCUUGUCUAGGAUGAAGUGGUGUGAAACCUCCCAACUAGAUUUCUCAAUAGAAACGCCUUCACAAGGAUUAGUUGAUUGAGAGCUUCGAUGAUUGUUUUGAUAAAGAAGUCAUCGUCAUCAGCUGGACAUAGUUUCUUUUAACUAUACUCCGACACUCACAAUCAAUAGCUAAUUUCUUUCAGUGUAUUAAUUAUUUGACAGUUUUUAAGGUACCCUACCCUAGUGCUAGGGAUUUAUGAUCGCAUGGGUCACCCCUGCAGCUAAGACGUGGCAAGGAAUUCCUAUCCCUAAGGUUCCCUGAGCAGCUAGAAAACCCUGAUCGUCAGCUUGUCUCAUGCGAUCAUAAAUCUCUAGUACUAGGGUCUCUUAGGCGGCUAGGAUUAGGAAUCCCUAUCCCUAAGGUCCCCUUUGCAACCAGAACACCCUGAUCGUCAGCUUGUCCCAUGCGAUCAUGAAUUCCUAGCAUUGGGAUCUCCUAGGCGGCUAGGGUCAGAAAUCCCUAUCCCUGAACACCCUGAUCGUCAACUUGUCCCAUGCGAUCAUGAAUUCCUAGCAUUAGGAUCUCCUAGGUGGUUAGGGUCAGGAAUCCCUAUCCCUAAGGGUCCUCUCUGCGGCAAGAAAACCUUGAUCGUCAGCUUGUCCCAUGCGACCAUGAAUCCCUAAUACUAGGGUCUCCUUAGCGGUUAGGGUUAGGAAUCUCUAUACCUAAGGUUCCCUUUACAGUCAGAAAACCCUGAUUAUCAACUUGUCUCAUGCGACCAUGAAUCCCUAGCACUAGGGUCUCUUAGGCGGCUAGGGUCAAGAAUCCAUAUCCCUAAGGUCCUCUCUGUCGCCGACCAUAAAUCCCUAGUGCCUAUCGUAUUGAUUCGUUACUAAAUUUUGAACCGACUUCAGGUCCAACCCGGAUCCGGACCGUUUCGCGUGUAACCGCUCCACGUCUGAUCCAAAUGUCUUAAGAUAGUGAUACCUGAAUGCGACCCGAUACUCGCAUAAUAUGAUAUGAUAUCGUGGCGGUUAGCCGGCGGCGGACUUCACGUUUAUAACCACCGCCAGUGCUCAUUGGUGUCCAUAAAUAACAAAAAGCCACGGCUCCGGCUCCGAUGGGCGCCUCCGAAUCUGUUCCCCGCAAACCGCACCAGCCGAUCGAUGAGAUCACCACCGUCUCCGAGAGGAUCGAGGGCGUCGAUCCCCUUCUGGAGCGUAUCAAGUCCCUCAGUAUGGCGACGCCGCUGCUGAACUCGCUGCCUCCUUCCGAGACCAGCAUAUCCGACAUUCUUGUCAGGAAACCCUCCUCAUCCUCCUCGAUUCAAGGUAAUUUGAAUCCGAAGGUUUUGUUGGAGCUCUUCUCUAUGUAUCGUGAGUGGCAGGAAGGGAAGGUCAAGAAUAUAUGUGGAAAGCAGGAAGAGAUAGAUAGCAAGAUAGAAACUGCAGAUGCUCUGGCUGUUAAGCUUCUUCAGCGUUUCAAUUAUUCAGUUUCAGCUAUGAGAUCGACUGCUCACGGUCUCGCCGAAGUGCAGCAUUUACAGGUAGAAGUUGGCGAACUUAAAGGCAGACUUACGGAGGUGAUAAGCAAUUGUGAUGCAUUAUGCAAGAGAAUUGCGGCAGAAGGAGCAGAGUCGAGUCACUUGGCUCAUCUGUGAAUUCGACGUUCUCAGCCAACAAUAUGGAGAGUUUCUUUGCUCUUUGAGGAUGCAACGGAUCCCCAACCCUGAAGCGAUGGACAUCAACUCUGAUCCAAUGACAACCUGGUCCUCGUUCCCAACACCCAUCAACAACAGCCUGCCAAAGCUGCGACGACGGACGUUGCUCCACCCAGCAGCUUCACUUCGCCUUCAGCUAGCAUCAACUAGAAAAGCUCCAGUGCUAUUCCAGGUGAUGACAAUCCGUUUUAGCAUUCUGUCGGCCUAAGCAAC